CUCUCUUGUCAUCUCAUCUCAUCUCUCUCAUCCAUCUAUUCAGCUCUCCUCGACCUCUCCCCCUCUCUCUCUCUCGCUCACACCCACACCCCACAGCACAUCUUCCACCAUGGGUAUUGCUAUGGCUCUUGCCGCCGCGGGCAUCGCGUUCAUCGUCGUCAAGAAGAUGACAAACAAGCCCAAACCCGUCGCUUACGGCGGCGGUGGCUACGGCAAGCCCCCGGGCUACCGUGACCAGUCGAGCGGCUUCAACCCCAUGGCCGCAAUGGGCGGCUUUGGCGGUGGUGCGGCAUCCAGCUUCAUGGGUGGUGGUGGCGGCGGUGGCGGCGGCCACGCGGCGUCCUUCUUCGGCGGCGCCCCCGGGUCUCGUGACAUUGGUGGCGGCGGCUUCGGCGGCGCCCCUGCUGGCCCCGACCAUCAGACGAUCGUCCGCACUCUCAACCAGUGCAUCCAGGAACAGCGCAUCGGCUACUUCUACCAGGACCCCCGCGCCGUCGACGCGAUCGCUCAGCGCAUCGCUGCCAGCGGCGCCAUCUCCGAGAUCUCGCAGGAGUGGCGUCUUACCCCCGACAUCGCUAUCGACCUCUGCAAGCUUGCUCUCUUCGACAUUGUCGUGCUCUGUGACGACUCGGCUGCCAUGCGCGGCGAGCAGGGCGGCGAGCGCAUCAACGACCUCCGCGCCACCCUCUCCAAGGUCGCCUACGCUGCCACUCUCUUCGACGACGACGGCAUCGAAGUCCGCUUCCUUAACGCCCCCUUCGAGGGCAACCGUAUCAACUCGGACGAGGCUGCCGUCCAGCUCCUCGACCGCAUCGUCUACGACGGCCCCUGUGCCCUCGGCUCGGCGCUCGACUUCAAGGUCCUGCAGCCUCUCGUCCUCGGCCCCGCCCGCGCCCGCGCCCUCCACAAGCCCAAGCUCAUCAUCAUUAUCACCGGCGGUACCGGCGCGCUCUACUCAGAGCCCCCCAACACGCUCAACCAGGUCAUCGCACGCGCUGCGCAGGAGCUCUCGCAGAGCGUCGGCGCCGAUGCCAUCUCAUUCCAGUUCUGCCAGGUUGGCAACGACAUGCAGGCCGCUCAGUGGCUAGGCCACCUGGACGCCGACCCGGCUAUCGGCGGCCUUAUGGACCAGACAGGCGACUUUGACGCCGAGCGCGACGAGAUGAUGCGCAAGUCUGGGCAGCAGCUCACCCCCGUCAUGUGGCUGCUCAAGAUGAUGCUCGGUGGCAUCGACAACUCGUACGACUCCAAGGAUGAGUAAACUGGGUCGGAUCUGUGUCACGUGUUCCGCGUAUCUGAGUAUCUGAGGAUCUGAAUAGAGGGAUUGUGAUGUACUGUUAUCGGUCG